AUGCUUGCUCUCUUGAUAACUUUUUCAGCUCCUCUAGCUCCUUUUCUUACUAUCAACGUCCUUGAAUUCCCAGAUGAGUACGUGGUGCCAGUGGGCUACAACGUAACAAUAGUUUGCACCGCCGACCGUGCAAGGCAAUAUCUCGGAGAUCCAGAUACCUCCCUGCCGUAUUCGAUCGAAUUCUAUUUGAAUGGCAGAAAAAAGAAUCAAUGCGGCGGUCAACGCAGCGAUAGAGAAGAAAGAAAAGUUUGCUCCUAUGUCAUCCGCAAUGCAUCAAAAAGCGAUUCUGGCGAAUACAUCUGCUGGGUUCGAAACUCCUGGUUCUGCACAGUUGGAUCUAUUCAGCUAGAUUUCAAAGGUAUAUAG